ACGACUCCGCCUACACGACUGAUUUGCUGUAUCAUUCUGUUUGCGUGUAUAUUAUUAUAUUAUAUAGAUAAUUAUGAUUUAUUGUGUAUCGUCAAUUUAUAUUCAUAAAUCUGACCGAUUCUAUUUUAUUAAUGAAAGCAGUAAUGAUCCGGAAGUAAAUACGGGUUCCCGGAAGCGUGCAGCAUCGAAAUGGGUGUAACGUGUGUGUGUCAGGUGCCUGUGGUGGAGGGGAAAAGCGUGCAGCAAACCGUUGACAUGCUGCAUAGAAAACUGGAGCAGCUGGGAGCCGUUAAACAGGGAAACUUCUACGUGGACUGCGAGACGUACCACGCUACAGGAAACACCACCGGUCAGCCAUCGAAGCUGCUGUAUGUGAUGCAUAAUUCAGAGACGCCGCUGAGCUGCAUGGCUCUGUUUGAGGGGGGACCAUGUCUGACCGCAGAUGCAAACUUUGACGUUUUGAUGGUGAAACUCAAGAGUCACUUCCAGAACGCCAAAGGCCAUAAAGUGGAGAGCCGCGGCACCCGCUAUCGUUACUGCGACUUCCUGGUGAAGGUUGGCACCAUCGCUAUGAGCUCCAGCGCCCGGGGAAUUUCAGUGGAGGUGGAGUACUGUGCAUGUGUAAUCCCUGGCGAUUGUUGGAACCUCAUGAAGGAGUUCAUGCAGAGUUUUCUGGGCUUGAACGCCCCUGAGUUGCCUGGUGUGUUUAUGAAUAAACUGGACGCUCCGGUGGACUGCAUAGACACCAUGAGUCAGUACCUGGAGCUCUUCAGCAAAGUCCGCAAACAGCAAGUGCUAACCGCUAGCAGCGUACGGUGAAACCUUUGUGACGUUUCACCUGGACCCAAUGGACAAGACCAUUUCUCACUGUAUUUUGGUCAAUUGUAAAAGCAUAUUUUCUCUUUUUUUUCCUUCUUCUUUUGGUUCUCAAUGUGUAUUAUGUUUGUACCUUUGUAUACGUAAAAAAAAAAAAUCAACUGUUUACUUUGAACAAAUCCUCUGUUGUUAUUAUUAUUAUUAUUGAAGUAAUUCAAUUGAAGCACAGUCAGGAAAUCAGUGCCUAUGUAGAAGUACGUCACAUUUGCAUGUAACUAACGAGGAACAGAUGACAAAGCAAAUGAUUGGCUGGAGAACAUGAUCAUGCAAAUCCAAAUGAGGCUUAAUGUACAUAUCAAAUAAGUGCAUCCCAAAUCGAAGUAGCACAUCAGUACAUUGAAAAUAGCAUUCCAAAGGUGCCUAGAUAGUAUACUAUUUUCUGUGGAUUUUUUAAGUGUGCAUCUGUCAGUUAUUGAUAAUGACGCUAGCAUGCAAACAAACAUUAUGCAACAAAGUAGUUUGUGGUAUCAAAACAAUUAUGAAGCGAUAAUUUGUCCAAAUUCUGGCAUUCUAUCUUACUACACACUCAAAAGUAUGUACUUCACCAUCUAAAGUAUAUAUGAUGCAUACUUUUUCGUGUUUUGUAGAAACCGAUGGGUUAACAUGGUUUUAGUGUGAUAAAAUCGCUUUCUAAAGUUACCUGUGUAACGUUAUAUCCAAUAUUAUAUCUUGAUUAGCAAGUAUAAUGUUUACGUUUUGUGGAUAUACAUAUGUGUAUUUUAAUGUUUACGGACUGGUCCCAUUCCCAUUCAUUCAUUGUGUUUGUAUAUAUA